UGCGCAUGUGCCAUUCAAUCCUAGCCUCCUAGCAACAAUCAACAUCUUGCUCUAGCGGCCCGUAACCAGAAUAUUGGAAGUUGCGAAAACAAAGCUUUGUUCAUGAUUUUUAAUAAUUACUGAGUAAUUUACUAUCAUGGCAUCUUCAAGAAUAUCUGCCCGUCUUCCACCCAACAUCGACCAAACUAAAGCACCGCUUGCAUAUGGUGACAGAGCGCUUCCGAAGCUGAACCGCGAACUUAAAGAUCCAGAACUAAUCACAAGGCAACGAGCCUUGAUGACAUUAUGUGAUUAUCUUCAUGAUCCUGAACAUAUAGUGGAAGCAUUAAGAGUUGGUGUAGUGGCAAGUUUAAAGGCGCUUUUAACAGAUCCAGAUGGCACAGUAAGAAAUAAAACUACAGAAGUUCUCUAUAUUAUCUCAGGUCACAACAGUGGUCGUGAUGCAUUUAUGGAUGAGAGUAUUAUUGUCCCUCUUUCAAGACUGUUCGAUGACGAUCUGUAUAUAGUCAGAAAAAAUGCGCAUAUGGCAAUUGAAAUGCUUUGUGAGUUUUACCCUGGUGCUGAGGGAUUGGUUGAGGCUAGCCUUAUCCCAACGCUUGUUGAUAAACUCAAGAUUGAAGUAGAUGAGAUCAAGGAGUACAUUUUAGACACAUUGCACUUCUGUAUGAGACUGGAGCAGAUUCAAGCUCUCAUAGCAGGUGCAAUGGAAGUUUUCACAGAACUUUUGGAGCACAAGUCACCAGUCAUCAGAGCCAGAGCAGCGAGGGACAUCAUGGACUUAAGCGUUCCUCUGGAUGGUAAAAAAAAAGCCUGCGAGUGUAACAGCUUAGCAUUUCUUGUGAAGCUACUCAGUGAUGAUGACACAGACGUCCGUGCAAAAGCAUCUGGAGCCAUAGCAACAAUAACUAUCACAACUGAGGGGAAACAGAAAGCCCUCAGGGCAGACGCAAUUCCACAGCUUGUGACUCUGGUUAACGAUCCCACCAGCGAGGUCAGACUAAAUGCUAUCAAGGCUAUUACCACUCUGUCAGAAGCCCCACAGGCACGGACAGCAUUAUUAAAACAUGUAGAAAAUAUUGAGAAGAGAGCCCAUGAGGAAAAUGAACCAACCGAGGCUGUCAGGGGAGCUGCCAAAAUUGCUGUCAGGGUGAUCACUUGGAAACCCUAGUCCUACCUUCAACCAAUUCAAUAGAUGUCUGUAUAAGCCACUUAGCUCUGGCAGGAAUAACUUGAGCUAAAUCAAUAACCUCCUUAGUGGAACCAUAUAACUCCCCUAUUCUAUACAUUUUGUAACAGAUCAACUAGAAACUCUCAAACCCUUAAUAUUGUAGCCUCAUAAAUGCUUCGAGAUAAGCCACUCAUUCCACUAUAAUGGAUGGUUUACGGGAUAUGUUCAACCCAUUUAUUACUUUAUACUGUAUAUUCCUUUAAUUCUAAACUCUACAAGGUUGUUUUAAAUACACAUUGCUGAAUUCAUUAGUUUAAUUUGUAAAUAUACAAUGUAUAUUUCAGUGUAAUGUAUAUUGUACAGGAUGCUGGCAUGUUAUAAAUAUUGUAUAUUAUACCACGUACUAUAAAAAUUGUUUCAAUAAUUUAUAGCUUACUGUA